AUGGGUGUUCUCAACUCAAGGGUUGCCAAGGGGGAGAAAUCUAAUGAGGGAAAUAUACAGCCCAAUGAGUUGGGUCCAUCCGGAAAUGCGAUUUAUGAAGAUGGACUAAGCGAGAAUGGGCCGAACGACAUAGGUAAUGGCGGAUCCGAUUCAGGGGGAGAUGGGCAAAACGGUAGUGAAGCCCAAACAGAUAGUACACCAACAGAUAGUACAACGAGCCCGAUACCAAGCGAGUCUGAUCCAAGCGAGCCUGUUAACGAGCCUCAUCCAAGCGAGUCUGAUCCAAACACGUCGCAAGGUAUGUUUUUUAAUGAGAACUCUAACGUGUAUGGUGAAGUUGUGGGUGAACAGGAACAUGAGACACCUGCGUCUAGGUAUCCAGUUAGACGUAAUAGAGGGGUACCACGUAAACAAUAUCAACCGGAUCUAACAUCGAAGUCUCGAUAUCCGAUCAAUAACUUUGUCUCGACGGCCAAGCUAGCCGACACUCAACGUUGCAUGGUGGAAGAGUUAUCAUCCGUGGUGAUUCCGAAAAACAUACAAGACGCAAUGAAACACCCUGAAUGGAGAAAAGCGGUGUCUGAAGAGAGCUUGUAUCUGGAGAACACUGUGUUGACAGCUGAAGCUCGCAAAUCCUUGUUUUUCUCCAAUCUAAAUGAUUGCAUUGAUGAUGAAGGCUUGACCCUACGUGAUGUUCGUUUGCUAUUCCUUCCGGUUGUCCGUGAUUUCCAUAUUUUCUUAUUUGUAAUUGACCUUCAGCAACCAUCCUUCACCAUUAUUGACAACAUCAGACAAGAUGAUACACACCAAGUUGCAUAUGGUGUUUUGCCAGAUCUCGUGCAUUCAUACAUGACUGAUUACUUGCGUUCCAUGCAACAUCACGUUUCUGAAACAUUUGCGAAUGUGCCCAUACAAAUACUUCAACUUCCAUGGGAAACAAUCAACAAUAGCACUGACUGUGGUGUCUUCACUAUGCGCCACAUGGAAACAUUCAUGGGGGACAAUGUAAAGGCUUUUAAAGCUGGCUUCAAACCGGAAUCUGUUGCACAAAAAAAACAACUGGAUAAGCUAAGGGUCUUAUAUCUUUGCAAAAUCCUUACUUAA